ACAACGCCGUCUUCAGCUACUGCAAGAGGAGCCGUUCCAGAGGGAAAUCACGACUAAUACUACUACUGCUAAUAAUACCACUACAAUGAAGCAAACGGUGCUGAUACUCGUGUCUCUGCUGGUGGCAGCAGAGUCCUCACCACUGCAGGGCUACAGCCUACCUGGUCGCAGCACUUCCGGUGGAUCACUGAGUUUCGGUACAGGAGGAGGGUCCUUCGGUUCCUCAGGAGUAGGGACUGGUGGUGGAUCCUUUGUGUCAUCCGGAGGGAGUACUGGAGGAGGUUUUGUAUCAUCUGGUUUUGGCAGUGGUGGAGGGUUCAGCAGCGGAGGCUUUUCCAGUGGUGUUUCCAGUGGAGGCUUUUCCAGUGGAGAUGUUUCCAGUGGAGGUUUUUCCAGUGGAGGUGUUUCCAGUGGAGGCUUUUCCAGUGGAGGUGUUUCCAGUGGAGGCUUUUCCAGUGGAGGUUUUACUCCUCAGGUGCAACGUAACGUCUACGUCUAUGACGUCCCUGCACAACCCCGACAUGUCGGCCCUCGCCCUAACAUCCCAGCACCAAAGGUCGAGCAUAACAUCGUCUUCGUGCGUCUUCCAGAAGGCGCUGCAGGACAGGACCCUAUUGUAGUUCCUCCACCCCAGCAGAAGAAUAUUGUUUACGUCCUCAACAAGGGAACUGCAGCAGGUGGACAGAAGGUCAUCCAGGUUCCAGCACCACCCAAGAGCCAGCCUGAAGUCUACUUCGUCAACGUGGGCGACGGCCAGAACCCAACUCUUCCAGGAGGCGUUGAUCUUCAGACUGCCCUCAGCAGCGCUACCCACCAGGGAGUCGGCCAGGUCAUUGGAGGCGGAUCGGGAGGAGCAAUCGGAGGUGGAUUUACCGGAGGCAGCUCUGCUGGUAUUUCUGGCAGUAUCGGCGGUGGUUUCGGAGGGUCAGUCGGAGGCGGAAGCGGAAGCGUUUCAUCAGAUUUUGGAGGCUCUGUAAGCGGCGGAGGCUUUGGAAUUUCUGGUGGUAGUGUUAUUUCCGGUGGCGGUUCCUCUGCCCCAAGUGGUCUGUACAGCCCUCCUUAAACGAGUGGUAUUCUGCUCCCAGUAAUACCUGACUCGAAACUGACUCCUCUUGUUCUUCUCUGAUGUUUGUUUGUUAACCAAGGUUUUAUUUGAAGGCCUAAAUACUACGCUUAUUUAAAAAAAAGUGAAUGAUAAUAUAUAUGGUUAAAGCUGUAGAUCUUUAUAUAAUGAAAUAU